AUGGAAAUGAUGAAGGUUCUCUCGGUUUCCUUUCUCCAAGAUUGGGACCUUGUUUCCUCUGCAAACAAUACUAUAGCCUUUGCAGAGGAAGGAGAUAGCACGAUUUAUAGUGGAACCAUUGCUCCUGGGAACUAUAGUAUCGCCAAUUUUCCAAACGCAGUGGCUGACGCUAUGAGCACGGCCGGAACACAGGGCUAUACUGUUACUUAUGAUGGUGUGAGCAGGAAGAUUUCCAUAACUGCGACAGGGCCUAAGAAAUUCAAAAUUUUGCCAGCGUCGAGAGGAACAACGGCGUACAUACUUACAGGAAUGUCAAGAUGGACCGAGACUGGGUAUUACCAAACGGUAACAUUGAAGAAUCCAGUUAACCUCUCGGGAAGUUACCUGGUGCUUUUAACCAGCAACAUUCAAGUCAAGGGAAGCCGCUACCUCAGUGACUUCGAUGAUUCCGUGCAAUCAGUAGUAGCCACUGUUGUCCCAGAUAGUUUUGGAGAUGUAAUCACCUGGACAAAUGAUGCGGGAGAAUGGCUCCCUGUUGAUGACACUAUCUCCAAAAUCGAAUUCUAUCUUAUUGACUUGAUGACCGGUUUGGAAGUUGCACUCAACAGCCCGUUAACCGUUCGGUUUGCAUUUUCAGACGAUGUUGCGGAUGUCUAA